ACGUCGCGGUUGUAAUUCGCCGAGUUCGAGUUCACGAGGUUUUUUUUUUUUUUUUUUUAUAUAUUUGAUUUUGAUUUUUCGUCGUUCUUGUUGUCAUCUAUUCGUUUCGCUUGUUUUAUUUUUUUCGUGGCGUACGGACCUGAUCCGCUUACGAGUUCCGGACGAGAUUAUCUCCGACAAACGAACGACAGACGAUUCCAGAACACCAUAAACGGAGUAUAAUAACAAUAAAAAUUAAAACUAAAAGAACUCCAUAACGAUCGAAAAACGUCGUGGUCCAAUUUGAUGUUAUGUAGAAGUGUCAAUUACGGUUUGCUUACGUUUGACUAAUUCACAAGUUUCCACGGUCGCUCUAAAGUUGUCGUUUGUUUGUUUGUUUGUUUGUUUUUUUUUUUUAUCAAGUUACGCAAGAAUUUUUUUUUUUCACAAAUAUCAUGCUGAAUAAAUAGUUCUAACAAGUCGAAUUCAUCAAAUUGUUAAUAAAAGACGUAAGACACCGAUGCUGCGUUCCAACGUCGGACGGCAAGUGCUCGGACGGCGGUCACGGACACGAUGAACUCCUCGUCGGCCGACGAUCACGGUGGGGGGACGGUCGGAAAUCGGUCGUCGUCGCCUUUCCCCGAUUGGAGCGGCGGCGGCGGAGGCAGCGAUGGCAACUGGUCCGCACACGACGAGACGACCACCGUAGUGUUCUGUCCCAUAUUCGAGGGCACGGACGAGGACGACUACAGCCUGCUGUUCGAGUUCGUCACCUAUGGGGUGCUGCUGAACGUGAUCGGCGUGUUCGGCAUACUGGGCAACGUCAUAUCGAUGGUGAUCCUGUCCCGGCCGCAGAUGAAGUCGUCCAUCAACUACCUGCUAAUCGGCCUGGCCCGGUGCGACACGGUGCUGAUCGUCACGUCCAUGCUGCUGUUCGGGCUGCCCGUGGUCUACCCGGCCACCGGACACCUGUUCAACUACUACUUCAAGGUGUACCCGCUGAUCGCGCCCGUCGUCUACCCCAUAGCGAUGAUAUCGCAGACCGUGUCCGUUUACCUGACGCUCACCGUCACCCUGGAACGGUUCGUGGCCGUGUGCCACCCGCUCCGCGCCCGGUCCCUGUGCACGUACGGCCGGGCCCGGGCCUACGUGGUGGCCACCAUCGCGUUCGCCGUCCUCUACAACGUCACCCGGUUCCUGGAGGUGACCGUCCAGAAGUGCAUGCACACCGGUUCCAACCAGUACGUGUACCAGGUGUACCCUAGCGACCUGCGCAACGACCGCGACUACAUAUCCAUUUACAUACACUGGAUGUACCUGCUCAUCAUGUACUUCAUACCGUUCGGAUCGCUGGCCGUGCUGAACGCCGCCAUAUACCGACAGGUGAGGAGGGCUAACCGAGAGCGGCAGCGGCUGUCACGGCUGCAGAAGAAGGAGAUCGGACUGGCCACCAUGUUGCUGUGCGUGGUGGUCGUGUUCCUGCUGUGCAACGUGUGGGCGCUCAUAUCGAACGUGGUAGAGGCGUUCUACGGCAUCACCGUCGAUCACCUGGUCAAGGUCAGCAAUCUGCUGGUGACCAUCAACUCGUCCGUCAACUUCGUCAUCUACGUGAUAUUUGGCGAGAAGUUCAAGCGGCUGUUCUUCAAGCUGUUCUUCCCGAGGGGCGUGUGGAUGUGCGGCUGGCACUUUGCCGCUGACAUCCGGGGAGGGCCAGGCGGCGGCGCGUGUGUCAUCGCGGCGAUGGACGACAGCGAGGCCACGUGCAACGGGGCGACGGCGUUCGAGUGCAGACAGUUGGGCGUCGGCGUAGGCGGUUCUUCGUCGUCCACUGACCACUUCAGGCGGUCUCACCGAGGACGUCACCAUCACCACCACCAUCACCACCAUCAUAACCAUCACCGCGACGGCGACCGUCUGGACCGCCAGCACGGGACGGUGUCCAUCAGCGUCGGUGGAUGUGAUAACGGCGGAAACGGUACAUCUGACGACAGAGAACUCUGCUUGAAGACGCCUACCAGCAGUGGUCUGAUGUGGGAACACUCGACCACUACCACCACGACCACCGUAAACGUGCAUCAAAUCUGAGCAUCCACAGCGUUUGAUUUUCAUCGUAGUCACGUCGUAGAUUCCCCAACAAUGUCUGUGUGUGUGUGUGUGUGUGUGUGUGUGUGUUAUUUUUAUAGAUUUAUUAUGUUGAAAUAAUUAUAUCGGAUGAGCAGUAUGCAAAUAAUAUGAACGGGAUGACGAUGAUGAUGACGACGACGACGAUCAUAAAAGUAGACGAUUUGGAUGAUAACGACCGGAUGAGAACUGGGAUGUGUAUAGCGUAGUAUUUCGCGUUGGACGCGGACGGACGGACGUUAUUACAGUCCAAUAUCAUCGCGAAAAUAAUACGUUUUAAAAUCAAUUAGGAAAAAUACGUAUUAUUUGACUAUAAAAUAUAUUGUUUAAUACGUGCUCGGUUGUGCUAUCGCAACGAUACUCGAUGACACGAGAUACAAGUGACGGGUGAUUUGAUAUAUUUCACGUGGAUCGGUGUUUUUUUCACCAAAACUCCGUAGCUCGUUGAACGUCAUCUAUUUAAUCGUGCCGCAUUAAGAUCAUUACACGCCAGCACCGUCGGGAUGAUCGCUGGCCAUUGGCAGUUACACGAGAGACGACGCGCGGUACCUACCGUACACAUUACCGAGGCUGGGCAAGUUACCAAUUUUUUUUUGUUUUUAACUUGUUAAGUUGAGUUGAUAUUUUAGAAAAGUAGGUUAUGUUUAAAGUUAAAAAUUAUAUUAUUUUAUUUUUAACUAGUAAAAAUUGCCAAAAUUGCCAAUCGAAUAGAAAAAAAGUACCUACUUAACUUGGUUGUAAAUCGUUUAAUUUUUUUUUUAACUGAGUAUUUUACAAUCCAUGACAAAUCAUAACGAGUACGUUUGAUGAAAUUAAAAACACGAAUAUAAAUGUAUUUAUAUGUAAUAAUAUUAAAAGUUCCAUUAAUAAAAACACAUUAGAAAGAUAUAAAAGACCAUACCAAAAGAAGUUUUUAUUAUUAUUAUUUUUUUGUUCCGUUUUAUUUUAUAAGACAUCGCGACAUCAAGGUCUAUUUAAGCGUCAAACUAUGUUACCUGGUAAGGUUCUCUUAUUGAGAGAUUAAAAAUUAAUUGGCUUAGGUGAAACAAUGGAAAUUAUUUAUGGACAUUUAUUUAAUUUAUAUAUUUACAAUAUAUUAUAUAUAAUACAUAUACAAAUAAUUGUAAAUAUUACUAAAGAUUAUUAAUUUUUUUUUUAUUUAAAAAAUAAUUUGUACAAAACUAUAAAUUUAAAAUCUUUUAGGUUUGAUAUUAGGAAACAGUUAACUUGAUAUUUGACUCGAUUAAUUAACUGAUUGGCUAUGAUGGAAAACAAUUUCAAUUCAAUAAAUUAGAAGUUACAUUACAUAAACGUGACUUGUUAUAUUAUAACAUUUAUAACCUAAUUAAAAGUAAAUUAACUCUGGCUUUUUAUUCAUGCCCAGCCUUGCAUAUUACUUUACGAUUCGUGAACUACGUACAUAACGUCUGUAUAAUACAUAAUAUGAUUUUAUAAUUGUAUUAAAUGUCAAUAGUAUCACAUCAGUUAUAUAACGGCGUAUGUACCUAAAUGAAUAUUCAUUCAAUCGAUAUUGAACAGCUAAAGACAAGCAAAUAAUCUGUCAUUGACAGUGACAUCUGUCAGAAAAAAUCUCGAAAAAAAAAAUGUUUAAUUUUCUUUUAUAUAGCCAAUAUUUUGAUAUUAUAGUAUGCAACAUCGUAUUUUCAUUACAUAACUUGUUUUGCUUAUAUCCCAAACAACCUCACUGUUUUCAUAUAUUUUACGGUACAACUGAAAUUCGAAUUCAAUGUUCAUAUACUUAUAUAUAUUCGCAUUUUUUUCAAAAUAAAAUUCGAAGACUGUCAGAUAAUUGAAAGCAUUACAAGUCUUACUGAAACGCGGACAAACUAUUGCCGCAUACCUAUACGUAAGGUAAACGUCGCUCGGAUUUUAAUCAUUUCCCGCACGCAACCUGAACUCAAAACCAAAACGUACCCCAGCAACGACGAAGUGGUUUCAGCUUUUCAUAUACACACAAUUGAAACCCCACGCAUGUCUGCGAUCGCGAGAUCGCCUAAUAUUAUCAUUUAUUAUUAUAAAUUUGUAUAUACGUAUAUGUAUACCAAUUCCGUGUAUAUACUAAAUGUAAUAUGAAUUUAUACGCUAUUAUGUGUGUUUGUGUGUUAUAUCAUCUUAUAUGCAUGUUAAAUGUUGUAUAAUACAUGUGGUGGGUAUAUUGAAUUUUCAGAUUCAAUAAUACACGUUAAGGUUGAAAUAUUCUGGGUUUCGGCGCAAACUUGUUUUUAAUUCUAUAUUUAUUGUGAAUAUCUACCUACUUGUAUGAAACUCCCGUUGAUGUUAUCAUUGUAUUAAUAUCGUUUAUGUAUGUUAUAAAAAAGGCUUGAACCCGUUGUAAUACAAAAAAUAUGAUUCAUCGAUAUCAUAUAAGUCAAUGUAAAAUGAUACUGUAUACAUAUUUUAUUGUUGAUUUUUUUCCAUUCGGGUAUAUCACGCUAUAUAUAAUUAUUAAUAUGUUACUUUUGAAAAUUGUGUUCAGAAAAAAAACAGUAUACCAUAUUUAACUGUAAUUUUUAUUUCAUUUUUUUUUUAACAUAUGUAAAAUCAAAAGUAUAUAAAAUAAACAUGUUUUAAAAUUUAAAAUAAC